AUGGGUCGAGCCACGCUGGGGCUUUAUGUUGCUCUACAAAGCACUGGGAUACUUGAGAUCUCCUUUGACCCAAGCAAAAGCGCGAAUGAGUCUUUGUCGGUCAUUGGGAUCAACACAGACGCCGGUUUCAUGCCCGGAUGGCUCACUUCCUUUGACGAUAAAAUCUACAGUAUCAGCCGCACCAGCCAUCCCGGAAGCGACACCCAGUCAGGUGAGGUUUUCGCUUUCCAAAGGGUACCCGUCACGGCCUCAGCUACCGGUGGAACGGGAUUGACGCUUCUCAAUCAAGCGAGCAGCAACGGAAAGGGGGGCGUACACUGCAAGGUGAGCCCAGACGGAAAGAUACUGGCCGCCACCAAUAUCACCGCAUCAACGUUGUCUAUAUACCCAUUGUCAGAUAAUGGUGCCAUUAGUAAACCCACUCAUAUUUUUGACUACAAUAUGUCGGAUUCUGGCCCGAAGGAAGCACACCCACAUCAAGCCACCUUUGAUCCUUCUGGGCAGUUUCUCAUUGUACCACUCCGCACCAUGGACUGUGUCGACAUCUACUCUAUCAAAUGUCCGCAGCAGGUCAAAAAGGUCCAGAGAAUUCCCGUGCCAUCACCAGCUGGAGCUCGACAUGUUGCCUUCAACCCAAUCAGUUCUUCCAGGGCGUAUAUGUACCUCGUUAGCGAGAAAGACAACUCAAUUCGUGUAUAUGCGUUAUACUACAAAGGUACAGGGCCACAAGACCUCACCGUCGAGUUCAAGCAGAGGCUCUCAACUAUGGGAAGGGAUCUUCCUCCCACCGCCGAUGAGCAUAUGGACCUCGCUGCUGAGAUUACUGUCAGCAACGACGGAAAAUUUGUCUAUGCCUCAAAUCGAAACUUGACACGAGAAGGCGAUGAUACCCUUGCGAUUUAUUCCGUCGACAGCGACCCGGCACAUGAUGGGCACCAUCUGACAUAUAUUGGAAGCCAAGAGGUACAUGGCAAGCAUCCUCGAAUGCUUGCCCUUUCCAACGACAAGGAGAAUAAGUGGGUUGCUGUUUCCAACCAAUUUAGUCAAGAUAUCGUCGUUUUCGAGAGAGACACGGUCACAGGUUUUCUGAAGGAUGUCAGGGGUAAAAUUAGUGUAAAGGUGAACGCUCCCUACCAGACUACGCCGGACAAGGUCACCUUCGUGAAGGAUAUAAGCAUAGAGGGUAAACUCAGCCGAGAGGAGAGGGCCAAGGGUCGGGUGGAGGGGCCUAUGUGUGUCUUGUGGAAGUAG